CCGCGUCCUUCCGAAAUGCGCAGUGCUGUGUUGCUGACAACGCUGGUGCUGGCGGCGCUGGCGCGCGGCGCUGUGCGCGACCGCUACCACCCCGACACGCGCGCGGCACCCGGGCCCGGCCGCGCGGCCGCGCGCUCCUCCGCCGCCGAGCGCGACCCGGCGCACUGGGCCGCCGAGGCCGCGGCCGCCAUCGACGAGCGCGUGCGGCGCCGCAACAACCGCAACGCGGCGCGCAACGUCGUCAUGUUCCUGGGCGACGGCAUGUCCGUGCCCACGCUCGCGGCCGCGCGCACCCUCCUCGGCCAGCGCAACGGCCAGACCGGCGAGGAGGCGCAGCUUUCUUUCGAAGCCUUCCCCACUUCAGGUUUUUCUAAGACGUACUGCCUGGACGCCCAGAUUGCAGAUUCAGCUUGCACGGCAACCGCGUACCUUUGCGGCGUGAAGGCCAACCGAGGCACUAUCGGCGUCAACGGUGACGUACCGCGAUGGGACUGCAACGCCUCCACUGACCCCGAUACCCAUGUCGAAUCUAUCGCAGCGUGGGCGCUGAAGGACGGACGAGAUGCAGGCGUGGUGACCACGACGCGCGUCACGCACGCCUCGCCGGCGGGCGCGUACGCCAGCGUGGCCAACCGCCACUGGGAGAACGACGACGCCGUGCGCGAGGACGGCGCCGACCCCGCGCGCUGCCCCGACAUCGCGCACCAGCUCGUCCACAUGAGCCCAGGGAAUCAGUUCAAGGUUAUAUUGGGUGGCGGAAGAAGAGAAUUCUUGCCUUUCAACUUCACCGAUGAGGAAGGUUCGCCCGGUGUUCGCCACGACAAUCGUAACUUAAUCGAAGAGUGGCAAGAAAACAAAGCAGCACAAGGUGCGAGCUAUGCCUACGUUUCGAAUAGGGACCAGUUGAUGAACGUGUCAUCGUCGUUACCGGACUAUCUGCUGGGUCUAUUUGAGAACAGCCACAUGCAGUACCACUUGGAAGCCAACAACGUUACCGAGCCCACACUCGCGGAGCUAACAGAAAUAGCGAUUAAGUCCUUGAGCCGCAACGAGAAAGGUUUCUUCCUGUUCGUGGAGAGCGGGCGCAUCGACCACGGCCACCACGACAACUACGUGGAGCUCGCGCUGGACGAGACCAUCCAGAUGAGCGAGGCGGUGCGGGUCGCCACCGAGCUGCUGUCCGAGGAGGACUCGCUCAUCGUGGUCACGGCCGACCACGCGCACGUGAUGGCCUUCAACGGCUACACGCAGCGCGGCGGGGACAUCCUCGGCGUCUCCGACGACCGGGACGAGGACGGCGUGCCCUACAUGACGCUGUCGUACACGAACGGGCCGGGCGCGCGGCAGCAGGUGAACGGCACCCGCCCCGACGUGACGACGGAGGACGACUUCGGCGGCAGGCGCUGGCGGGCCCACGUCGAGAUCCCGCUGGACUCGGAGACGCACGGCGGCGACGACGUGGGCGUGUUCGCGCGCGGGCCGCACCACGACUUGUUCACGGGCGUGUACGAGCAGAGCCAGCUGCCGCACCUCAUGGCCUACGCCGGCUGCUUCGGGCCGGGCCCGCACGCCUGCAACGCGGGCCCCGCCACUCACAUUCCGUACUUUUUGCUGGCUUUAAUAACUCUAUGCCAAAUCUUACGAACGUAGAGACGAUUAUUGAAUUAGUGCUUAGUAAUAUGUGAUUUUCUUUAGUUUAUUGAUAAUACUGUUAAAUUAUUAUUUAUUUU